AACUUAAAAGGCUUUUGAUGACAUAAUGCCUUGCGUUAGCAUCUCCCAUUUCUCAAAUCUGUUUUCAUAUAAAAGGAAUUACAUCAUAUUUCCACUUUCCCAAUAAUCCCAGCCACCCCAAGUAAUUGGAAGGACUUAAAUUAGAGUGUACUAUAAUACUCUUUUUUAUAAGUGUUCCUGUAAAAAAGGAAUUUUAUGUUUAGAUGAAAUACAAAACUCCAUUAGAUAUUAAUACAAAUUGAUCCCAAAAUUAGAAUACCAUUCUCGAGUUCCCGAAAAUACAUCUUUUUUCGAAUCUAUUCCCUCCGUCCCAAGAUAUUUUCUCUAUUAAAGCUUCACUACUAAACUUAGUUUCAUUUUGCAAAAUUAAAAAUAAGACAAGAAAAGGAAAAGAAUUUUAGGCCAUUCUUUUGGCGCCUUAAUUAUAUUAAUUGUAAACAUAUAAGAACUACAAAAUCCAACAUUUUUAGUCAUCCUCUUCCCAAACUUCAUCAUCUCUCUUGCAAAUAUAUAGAACAAUCGAACCAAUUCUUCAUUUUUGAACUCUUUCUCUCUCCUGAAUCUUCUCCACCAUCUUAGCAAUGUCCCUCACCACCAAAUUUCCAACUUUACCCUCAUUCAAUUGCUCUUGUUCUAACACAAUCUCCAACAAAUUCAACAACCCACCCCAAAAAUCAUCUCUUUCCACUCUAAAACCCCUAAAUUUCUCCAAUUUCUCUGUAAAAAUUUCAAAUCUAGGUCAAAAACCCAUCUCAAAAUUCACCUCAUUUUGCAAUUUAAAUCCAUACCCAGAUGAAAUUCAUGGAAUUUCCCCCAUUUCAACAUCUGGGGUUGUUUCUUCGAGGUUAUCGAGGUUGGUUACCGAGUUCCGGUCUCUUCUGGAACCGAUUGAUAGGGUUAAGAGGCUUCUAGAUUAUGCUGCGGUUUUGCCUCGACUCGGUGAGUCGACUCGGUCGCCGGAGAACCGAGUUCCUGGUUGCGCCGCCCAAGUUUGGCUAGAAGUGGUGGUUGAUGAGGUGGGGAGGAUGAGAUUUGGGGCUGAUAGUGAUUCGGAAAUUACUAAAGGGUUUUGUUCUUGUCUCAUUUUUCUGCUUGAUGGUGCUUUUCCUGAGGAUGUUUUAAAGGUGAAAGCAGAGGAUUUGGCAGACAUGAACGUUGGCCUCCCGGUUCGUUCGAGAGUAAAUAGUUGGAAUAAUGUGUUGAUCAGUAUUCAGGAGAGAACUAAGAGUUUCCUUGUGGAGAAAGAUCAGGAAGCAUGCCAAUUAGAUUCAUUGAAUACUUUUCUUCCUAUGGUUGUCCCUGCUGAUAGUGUGGUUGCUAAAGAUGAAUUUUGUGUUAAUUGUUGAUACUUGAUAGUCUUAAAGAUAUCUGAAAGGGAGAUUAUGGUUCAUUGCUGAGCUUUGUACAGAUUGAGGCCUUAGAAUUGGUCUCAUGGAAGCUUCAGCUGAUUUAAGUUGAUUGUCUAGUUCCAUGUAAUUAGCCGUGAUUAGUGUGAUCUAAUCAGUUUUGUAUUAGCCUUGUUUUGGUCCUGUAUUCUAGGUUUAGAAAAGAUAACUACCUACUUUGCACCAUUGGCAUUUACUAUGCUUCGAAUCAUUCACAUAAACAAAAAUGACAGGAUGUUUGCACAUAAUUACAUCUCUACAUACACAGAAUAUGUUUGUAUACUGCAGAUGUUAAGGUUUAGAUUCACAACACAAGUACUGUUAUGAAUGUAAAUCAUAUACUUUGUAUGAAGAAUUUCAAUGCAAAUUAAGUUACUGAAUAUUAUUGUGAUGAAA